AUGGCUCAAAAGACUGCAGAGAAGAAGCGAGUCGUCAUCGUCGGCGCGACCGGCCUACAAGGCGGUUCCGUUGCUCGAACUCUCGCCGAGUCCCCAGAUCGCUACCUCAUCCGCGGUCUAACCCGCAACCCUUCCUCGGCCAAAGCUCAGGCCCUCACUUCCCUCAACAUUGAAGUCCAACAAGCCGACGUCGACGAUACUGCAAGUCUCAAAGCCGCCUUCCAGGAUGCGCACAUCAUUUUCGCCAUGACCGACUUUUGGCAACACAUGUCCGCCACACGCGAAGAAGCGCAGGGUAAAUCCAUCGUGGAUAUCGCUUCUGAGCUGCCCCACCUUGAGACUUUCAUUUGGGCGGGUCUUCCUGAUGCAAACACUAUUUCCGGGGGCGUAUACCCGCAUGUUUAUCAUUGGCAGAGCAAGGCGGCUGUUACCAAGUAUAUUCGGGAGGAAAAGCCUGAGUUGUGGAAGAAGACGGCUGCGGUCCUUUUCCCCAACUAUCUUGAGAACUGCGUUACGCAACCUGGGACAUAUUUGCCAAUUAAGCAAGCGGAUGGAACCUAUCUGAGAUCUUUCGUUUUGCCCGAGUCUACUCCCCUUCCCAACGUCGCUAUUUCCGACACCGGAAAACUGAUUCAGUACAUUCUCGACCACCCCGAGAAAUGUCUCCAGAAGGAAAUUGCUUUUUACUCCGAAGCCAUUUCGGAGGGAGAGAAAAUUCGGGACAUGGCAUCUGCAUAUGGCAUUGACAUCCGCUACAACGAGUUGACUCCGGAACAAUUCCAGAGUAACCUUCGAAAGCACAUGAGCGAUAUUACAGCGUUGGAUUUUGCCGAACAACUUCUUAUCUUCCGAGACUUUGGAAUGAUCUACGAGCGACCCGAGUUUGUCCAGGCUAAUCAGGCAAUUGCCUGGACUCAAAUUGAUGACUUGGAAGGAAUUCAUGCAGGUGAAUGA